CAAGCUUGAGAUGAGCAAGCCGCUGACAUCCGGACGAAAGCGCAUACUCUGGUACACCAGCGUGAUACAGCCUUGUUCGAGGAUUUCUGCAAGGACGCGAGGUGACAUUUGCGGCCUCAGCAAAAUGGCCGUGACGAAGGCCGGUCGUGUACUCAGCGAUGAGCAGUUGGAGUUUUGGCAAAAAAACGGCUAUGUACUGAUCCCGGAUGCACUCAGUAGAGAACAAGUGGACCAUCUUCUUGCGGAAGUCCAGGCCCUUCUGAACGGGCUCUCUUUAGUCGAUCAUCCUAUGACUCGCUUCUCUACGGGUGAACAGAGUGACCACGUAGGCGACGACUACUUCCUCACUUCGGGCGAUAAAGUUCGAUUCUUCUUCGAGGAGGAUGCGUUUGACACUGAUGGCAACCUUCUCAAGCCAAAAGAAAAAGCCAUCAACAAGAUAGGUCACUAUAUUCAUCAACUUAGUGAGCCCUUCAACAAGAUUAGUAUGACGGAGACCAAUGCCGGUAUAGCACACGAUCUGGGCUUCCAUGAUCCUCGUGUGCUACAAAGUAUGGUUAUCUGCAAGCAACCAGAGAUAGGCGGUCGCGUUCCUCCGCAUCAAGAUUCUGUUUUCCUUUAUACUGAUCCUCCGUCCGCUGUCGGCUUCUGGUAUGCUCUUGAGGAUUGCACACUCGAAAACGGAUGCCUGGCAUUCGCUCCUGGCAGUCACAAGCGUGCCCCGAUUCGUGAACGAUUCGUUCGCUCAAAUGAAGGCAGUGGUACCACGUUUAUUGAGAACGAUGGAAGCAGUUGGCCGAAAGAUCUCGAGCCAAAGAACAGCAUUAGCUCUGAUGAGACUUACGAGCCUGGCGAGGUCAAAGCCGGUACUCUAGUACUCAUCCAUGGUAAUAUCCUGCACAAGAGUGAGAAGAAUACAAGCUCGCGCGGCCGCAUAAUAUACACCUUUCAUGUCAUCGAAGGGGACCAUCGAUAUGACGAGCGCAAUUGGUUGCAACCGCCGACAGAAGGUUUCUCAAAGUUAAAUGCUUGACCCGUGAGCAAUUGUAUAUCAUUUCGUAAUUUAUAACGUCUAUUGCGCAACGAGAGCAGGGUAAAAACCCACGCACCGGGUGAAUCAAGAUGUUUACAGACUGCUUUUGGGUGACUCAGAAGAGACCG